UAUUUACCAACUUUACCUCCUAAAAUAGAUACUCAUAAUACACCUUAUUAUCCUUUCUUCAUCUUCUCUAUAUAACCCAAAGUCUCAAUUCUUUGCACACAAUUGAUCACCUUUGCCAAUUUUAGUACUUGCAUGGCUCAACUACCACCUAAAGUUCCCACCAUGGCACAUAAUUGGCCAUUCCAAAACAUGCCCCCAUUGCCUAAUUCUACGACCAUCACUAUCAACAACCAUACUAACAAUAAUUCCUGGGUCGAUGAUUUCCUAGAUUUCUCGUCGGCCCGGAGGAAUUCGCACCGUAGAUCAGUUAGCGACCCGAUUGCAUUCGUGGAGGGUCCGUUUCUCCAACAAUGCCGGGUCGCUGGAUCGAAUAUCGGGUUCGAUAAAUUAGACGAUGAACAACUUACUACAAUGUUUUCAGAUGAAUUAGCCAACAAUGCACCCACAAGUACGAAUUCAUCUACACCGUCUGAUCAAGUAAGUGAAAAUGACGAUCAGAAAUCAACGGUCCUACCAACAGUUGAUGUUAAUCAAGUGGUGGUUCAGCCAAACGAUGAGCCUGGAGAAGUUGAUGAUAGUGAUAAUAAUAAUAAUCAAUUAUCACCAAGUGCUAAGAAAAAUGCUGCUAAUGACAAUUCUGAUAAUACUAAUUGUAUCGUGGAUCCAAAGAGGAUUAAGAGGAUUUUAGCUAACAGGCAAUCAGCUCAGAGAUCAAGAGUUAGGAAGUUGCAUUACAUUUCAGAACUGGAAAGAAGUGUAACCACUCUGCAAACAGAAGUAUCAGCAUUGUCACCAAGAGUGGCUUUUUUAGACCAUCAAAGGCUGCUUCUGAACGUUGAUAAUAGUGCACUCAGGCAACGAAUUGCAGCUUUGGCUCAAGAUAAGAUAUUUAAAGAUGCACAUCAAGAAGCAUUGAAGAAAGAAAUUGAGAGAUUAAGACAAAUUUAUCAUGAACAAAACAUGAAGAAAAUCAGCACCACCGCCACCGCCGAUGCACCACCGUCAACGGUGGCACCGAUGAGUUGCACUGAAGAAGAGUAAGCUUCUUUAAAAUGUAUUGCUCCAUGCUAACCUACGCCUUCACAUGAUUUUAGGAAAUUAAUUCCUACUUUUAUUUAAAAUAGUAGUUGGAAGAAAAAUUCACUUGAUAUUUGGGAAAAGGGAAAAGAAAAAAAAAAAAGCAAACCCAAAGUUUGCUUUAUUUGUAUUUUAUUGUGUGACUAAUUUUUUCUAUUAUUUAUUAUUUUACUGGUCUACUACCAUUUAAUUUUUUUUGGUCAUGUUAGGGUUUAAAUUGAGUCAAUUUAAUUUGUGACUGAUUUGUGGUUCUUGUAUUUUAUUUUUGAUUGUACAAGAAAAAAGGGGUGGUUUAUUUAGGGUUUUCCAUAUGGUUUGGAAUUUUAACAUUGUAAUUUGUAAGGGUAGUAUUUGGUUGUUAAUUUUGAUGAAUUUUUCUAUUGUAAUUUAAUUUCCUUAUAGUUUUGGUAUAAUAACUUAUAUACCUUCUUGAUUUGUUCUUAAGGAAUGUAAGGACAAAUGAGGAAAGAAAACAUAAGGAAAAAUUUGAAUGAAGAAGUUGUUUUAGAUGUUUA